AUGCCAGUGGAGACGGCCUACACUAAUGUGCCGGUCGUCGUGGGGGUGGCCGGCGUGCUGGCCGUCAUCGCGGCCGUCAUCCUGUACCUGAACAAGCGCUGGUGCCUGACGGGCAUCAACAGCCUCAACUGCUGCGACGACGCCUGGGGCAUCCGCCUGGCGCCGCGGCCCAGGAAGACCGACCUUGCCGCGCACACCGCGCACACGGCGCACAGCGCGCCCGCCGUGCACGGCGACCCCAUGUCCAUGGCGGAGAGGGGCCUCGGGCCCAACCCCUCCUGCAACGCGUCCACCACCUCGGCGUCCACGACCUGCAGCGAGGAGGAGAAGAUGCUGCGGCACCGCGAGGGCCGCGGCGACAAGACCGGCGGCCAGCAGCGCGAGCAGCCCGACGGCAGCCACCCGUCACCCGUGGCCAACUUCGCGGGCGUGGCGAACGGCAACGGCGCCAUCUGGCCCGGGUACCCGCCGAGGUACGCGCACCGCACCAUGGAGCCGCCGCUGGAGGUGCCGGAGCCGCGGUGUCCGCCGUGCCUCAAGGACCAGUGCGACAACCAGGACUGCAUCGUGAUGAUGCACCAGGACGACGGCGGCGUCUCGGACAUCCAGAGCGUGGAGAGCACGGGCACGACGGGCGCCGUGGUCAUGGGCGGCAGGAUGUCGGGGCGCUGCGGCAUCUCGGCCGCGGCGGCCCCCUUCUGCGCGUGCGGCCAGCUGGAGGUGUCCUUCGCCUACGACGCGCCCAUGCGCAACAUGACCAUCCACCUGAUGCAGGCGCGGGACAUCCCCGCCAGGGACCGCGGCGGCGCCUCCCACACGCAGGUACGCAUCGUGCUGCUCCCGACCAAGAAGCAGAGGUUGAAGAGCAAGGUGCGGCACGGCGAGAAUCCCCAGUUCAUGGAGAGCAUCCUGUUCAACCGCAUCAACCCCGAGGACGUGAACAGCAUGGGCGUGCGCUUCCGCCUGUACGGUUGCGGCCGCAUGCGCCGGGAGCGCUUCAUCGGGGAGAGCAUCGUCAGCUUCUCGGCCAUCAACCUCGAGUCCGAGACCAACGUGUGGCUCAACCUGGAGCCGCGCGCCAACAUGGCGCUCAAGACGUCGGCGUCCGACCUGCUGUCGCUGGCGCGCAGCGACUCGACGGGCUCCAGCCAGUCCAUGCAGAUGCAGCUGCAGCACGGCGGCGUGCCCGAGCUGCUGGUGGGGCUGUCCUACAACGGCACGACGGGCCGCCUGUCCGUGGAGCUGGUCAAGGGCAGCCACUUCCGCAACAUGACGACGGCCUCCCUGGCGGCGUCGCUGUCCAGGCCCGCGGCGCUCUCGGGCCUGCCGGGGCUGUCGGGCCGCCCCAUCGCCCCCGACACCUACGUCACCCUCAGGCUGGCCUCCAGCUCCGGCCAGGAGAUCGGCAAGGCCAGGUCGUCGGUGCGCCGCGGCCAGCCCAACCCACUGUUCAAGGAGACCUAUGUCUUCCAGGUGCCGCUGUUCCAGCUGCCCGACGUGACGCUGCUCGUGUCGGUGUACAACAAGCGCAGCAUGAAGAAGAAGGAGGCCAUCGGCUGGUUCGCGCUGGGCGCCAAGUCGUCGGGCGAGGAGGAGGCCAAGCACUGGAACGACAUGUGCGAGGUGCGCGGCGAGCAGAUCCUGCGCUGGCACGUCCUGCUGGACACGUGAGCCUAGCGGAGAGACGGACGCGGACCAAUAGCCGUCCAGCCUGGGAAGCGCGCGCCGCCCCUCGCGGCCCCGAGUCGCACGUCGUAGGGCGACAAAGGGAAUUUUGUUUAGUUGUUGUUGUUUCUGAUAUUUCUGUUUGAAAAAGCCAAGGUAAGUGAGUCGGGACGGGGAGGCUCCUUUCGGGGUUUUCAUCGACCUCGUCCGGAUGCCCCUCGCCGCAGUGGUCCUUGGUGAAUCAGAGCGCACAGUUCGUGACUUGACUGGAAUUACUUGUGUUGAUUAUUAUAUUUUACAUCGGAGCUGAGUUGUAAUGUGAUCAUGGAACAUUUUGUAAAUAUUGGCCAAAUAGCUAUGCCCUCAGGGUGUUUCCUUUUAUCAGUUUUGUUGAAAUAGAAGGAAAUUUGAUGGUGUUCAAGUAAAGCUGUGGUGGUGUGCACAAAUCGAUCCAGCAUGAGGCUCGAAUACGAUGUAAGCAUGUAUGAAUUUCGGAUGGCACUGAGAUAUUACAAGUUGUCUAUCAUCUUAUUAAUCUCAAUUCUGCCCCGAGUAUUUUUUAAGGGGCGUGAUACUAUUUGUAUUUUGUAUUAGCUACUUUCAUCAUAUUAAUUACUGGAUAAGUAAUAACUUUUUUCUAAAAACUAGAUGUGUUCUCUACUGUUUGUGAUUAGUAAUGCAGCACUGUUGACCAAUAUGAGCUGUAUGUCUUCAGGACUUUAUAUUUUGUGUUAUGGAGUAAGUAGAUACCACCUUCACUUCUUAAGAAUGCUGGUGUUUUGGCUUAGUGCAUCAUGCAUCAAUGUCUGUUAAUCAAAUGGAUGUAAGAUUGUCUAAGAGUUUUUGUAUUUUCUUUCACUCUAUUUUCAUUCAAUGGUGUUCCUGUGUGUACAUGCAUGAGUGUUAGCUUAGUUGCCUCAGUAAGAUUCAAAAAAAUGUAUGAGUGCCACUGUGACUUUGCACAACAGUUGAAGCUAUGCCACAAAAUCAGGUUUUCACCAGGGCCUAAGUAUCAAGUCAUAGUUAUUUGAUUAAUUUAAAAAUAUGAUAGUUCAAAACCAUUUAUAAAGAAAAUUUUAUUUCAUUUCUGUAAGAAACCUGAGGUCAUAAUGAAAUUAUAAGUGAGAAGUCAAGAUGACUAACAUUUGGCAGUAUUAUGUGACUGAUUCAUGAUUAAGUUUGUCUCUGAGGAGACUCACUGAUCGAAUUUAUAUUCUGCUUAAGUCAGAUCUGGACCAGGAAUGUGUAUCAAGGAAAAUACUAUUACACAAUGCAUGAUAAAUCUUAAUCAUUCAGUAUUGAUGUUUUAUUGAAUAUUGGUUAAAAAAAAGAACAUUUGACAUAUCAAUCAACAAAUUACCGAGCCAAAAGAUGAGAGCGGAUUGCUCUCGAACACAGGACAUUACCAGAUCAUAUUUCUAGGGGAUACACAAAGUUGCAACUAUCUAUCAGUUGUGGUAAGGAAUGAGAGAUGCAUCUUGAAGCUUUAAAUUUUGUAGGGCAACCUUACAAAUGCUGUGUUUACCUAGUGAUAAUUAAGAAGCAAUGGACAUCACAGAGACCUCAAAAUUGUUCUGCAACUUAUUACCAUACUAUUUUAAACCUUAUUAAUGCAAGCAUGCGACAUAUUAAAAUACUCUGAAUUGUACUUAUAAUUGGCAGAGCCUUCAGAAUGUUUCUAAAAGCAGUACACUCAAUAUUACACAGCCAAUGUAGGGAACUCUUGAAAUGAAAUUCUCUCUGCCAAUUAUAAUGCAAGACUGCAGUAAUUUCAGUUGUAUAUUCAAUUUCCCCUUCCAAAGUUUCAAGAUUACAUUUAAUCUUAAUCUGUAUUGUUUAGCGUGCAAUCGAAGAAGACUUUAUUCUUGUGAUUUUUCUACAAGUAUGUUACAUUAAGUAUGUAUAUUUGUAAUUCAGAAUUAAGGUAAAAUAAACCUCUAGAGGUUUAAACAAAAAAAAAGUUCACACAAGUAACGUGACAGACAUGUUUCAAACUAAAUUCUCCAAGACAAAUUGAAAAAUUUGAAAGAUAUUGUGACCCAGUUGAUCUCAUUACAAACGAAACCAGCUAGAAAAUUUGAUCUAAUUUUUAAAAAGAGAACUUGACCUAUGUUAGAAACAGAAUCCUUAUCAAGCAUACACAAUAAUCUGACUGGUGCAAUGGAAUAGGGUUGUCUCAACUUGGGCAAGACAUCUGAAGCAAAUUCAUUUCUUCCUCAUUCUCCGUAGCAAAAGAAAAGGUUGAAGAUGAAGUCAUGUGCGUUUUUCCCACAAAUAUACAGAGUUUUUGACUAUUGUCCACCUAAAAAUUUACAUUACUUCUACUUCUUCCAACAUGUGUAAAUAGGGUUCAAAAAGAGACACAAUAACCCCUCAAAUCAAUCCAAUAUUUGCUGCUGACCUAAUGUACAGCUCAUUUAUGUGUACAUGCCAAUUUCCUCAUUAAAAUAUGUACAUAAGUAGGAAAAUUUGUUGUCUUAUCUACUUUCUAUAUUUCAGCAUGGAGGAGAAUAAGAGGGGGAACCGCAAUCAAACUGGAAAAAUGAUAAAAUGAUGGGUGUGAGGGAUUGUUAUUGAUGUAUAAUGUAUUUCCAAUCACUUUUUUACUGAUACACACAUGUAUUUAUAAAAAAAUACAAGCAUGCUUUAAAGGGGUUACUGCAACCAUGAGAUAAUUAUCUCAUGCUGCAACCCUACUUAACACAAAAAAAUAAGAAAAACAAACAAGAUGCGAGGAUUAUGAGGCAGGCCAAACUUUCCUUUGCUUUCUAAAAACUGUAUGAGGCACAUAUGGGAUUGUAAAACUACAUAAUGUGUGAACCUAAGAUGACUACGGCCCAAAGGAAAAAUAAAUGUGUGACCACUGCUGUAAAGUUGUAAAGAAAAUCUUUGUGCUAAAAUUAAUAAAAAAAAUUAUUAUGA